AUGUCGAGUGUUAUGGGGAAAAAAGGAGGCAAGAGAGCCUCAAAUUCAAUGGCUUUCUUAUUUACUGCUAGUGCUCUUCUGCUGGUAGUACUAGUCUCUUUGAGUUUUCCAUCUCCAGCUGAUGCAUUCGGGAGAGUCCCUAAUUUUAAGCUCAAAUCUCCUUCACCACCACCAAAGAAGCCAAUUUAUAUGCCUCCGACACCAACAAAGAAGCCAAUCUAUGUGCCUUCAACACCACCUAAGAAAUCUCCACCACCGGUACCAAAGAAGCCACAUCAUUAUGUGCCUUCAAAACCACCAAAUAAGCCAGUAAAUCCUAUGAAGCCAAAAUCCCCUCCACCAUAUCAGCCAGACCUAACCACUGACGGAUUGAAUUUUCAUAUUCCAGGACUGCCCAGGCCAAAACCAAAUUUUCCUUAUCCAAAACCAAGAGUACCAGUAAGACGACGAAAUUAUCCACCACCACCACCUCGUGACUAA